AUGGCAUCAGAAAUCACCUACGCUGAGGUGAAGUUCAAGAAUGCACCACCAGCUGCAGCAGUUGAAGUACCUCCUGAGACCAAAAAGCAUGAGGACCAUCCCCAGAAAUACCCACCUUGGCUCCCAUGGCUGAUCUCAUUGCUGCUCCUUUUGGUGUGCAUUGCCCUUGCUCUUGCUCUCCUUGUGGUUGUUCCCUUGUUCCAUAGUGCCGACCAGCCCACAGCCCUGCAGCAGAAUUUCGUGGAGUGGGAGUGCAUCACAACGGUGCCCCAAGGCAAAGAGCGAGUCUUGAGGUGCUGCCCCAAGGGCUGGAUACGCUUUCAAGAAAAGUGCUAUUACCUGUCGGAUGAUGAAAUGUCCUGGGAUGAGACUGUGCGAAACUGCACUGGGAUGGGCUCCCACCUGGUGGUGAUCAACAGCGAAGCAGAGCAGGUUUUCCUCACUAAGGAGCUACAGAAGUUUCCACAAGGAAUAAAUUUCUACAUCGGUCUGACUGCAGAGGCUGUGGGCAAGUGGCAGUGGGUGGACCAGACUCUACUUAAUGAGAAGGCAGCGUUCUGGCGGAGAGGGGAACCAAGUAAUGUGCCUGUUGAGAAGUGUGUUGCAAUCCAUACGAGUCCAGAAAUUCACAACUGGAAUGAUUCCCGAUGCGAGAGCCAUCAUCGAAUUUGUGAAGUUGCAGCACCAAGUUUCUAG